AUGCCAUUAUACAAAUUAACCGAAAAGCGAAUGAAGAAAAGAGCGAGAGAGGAUGAAGAUGGAAUAACAGAAUUGAAAGCUAAGAUGAGAGAGAUGGGUGAAGACAGUGGGAGUGGAAGUGAAGGUUGGUCAGAAAGUGAUAGUGAAGAUGAUGGUGAGAGUGAGGAAGAGAGUGAGGGUGAAGUUGAAGGUAGUGGUAAAGACGAAGAUGAUGUAGAAGAAGAAGAUGAGGAUGAUGAAAAUCUCGAAGUCGAUAUUGAAGGUCUUGAUUCUGCUUCUGAUGACUCUGAUGACUCGGAUGAUGAGGAAAGAGAUGCAAGUGGAGACGAAGCAAGUUCUUCUUCUUCAGUAUUCCGAAUCUCACUCGAAUCAGCUUUGACGCAACCUAUAUAUCGAUCACCUAUAAAUCCAGAUGAACAAUUAUGUGUAUUAUGUCCUGAUAAAGCAUUAAAGAAUGAUCAGAUGAUCAAAGUCCACUUGACUAGUAAAGGACAUAAGAGAGCAUCAAAACGAUACGCAGUGAGAUUGACCACCAAUCCACCUAAAGAAGGCACAGAUCCAAGAGAAGUGGUGGAAGAUAUACUUGCAGAUAUGGAUGCAGGGGAAUUGGAAAUUUCCACUUCCAUUCCAACGAAUUCGGAAUCGAAAUCGAAAUCGAAACCACAGCCUCAACCAACGACCGUUGCAAGCCAAGACGUAGAUGGAAAUGGAGGGGACAAGAAAAGGAAAAGAGGAAAGAAACAACGUCAGGAAGAAAAAGCUAAAAGAUUAGCACAAGCUGGACAAGGUCAAAAUGAUGGAAUGAAUAGGAAAGCCAGAAGAUUAUUAGCGUUGCAAAAAGGUGAAAUAAUCAAAAAAUCAAAUACCACCACGACACCAUAA